GGGGGAGAAUCCGACGUUUCAGGAAAUAGAAUCAUUUAUUCUGGACUGGUAGCACAGGUCGAAUGAUCAUGGCGCUGGGAUCGGCUUGGAAACACAUGUCGUGGCUUUAUUACCAGUAUCUGUUAAUCACAGCUCUGUACAUGUUGGAACCCUGGGAGAGGACAGUCUUCAAUUCACUUCUUAUUUCAGUUGCUGGAAUGGCUGUGUAUACAGGGUAUGUGUUCAUGCCUCAACACAUCAUGGCAAUCCUGCACUACUUUGAAGUUGUGCAGUGAUAAAGAUGACUUCAGCGGGGAACAUGAAGCAGAGAUGGAUGGAUGUCCUGUGGAGAAAGCGCUUAUUUUUUUUCGGACUUUCUGUGACAUCCCACUUUGUGCUGACAACUGUUGACCAAUAAGAAGAAACUAUAUUUAUUGAAAACGUAUCCCAUUUAAUUCAUACAAGUUGUAAUUGUAUAGUAAAUGUAUAUGGAAUCCUUUUCACUGGUAGCUGCUGAAUACCAGUAUUUAUUUUUUAAAACUCUGAUGUAGUGGCAGCAUUGCGUUGUGUUGUGCAUUUUUCUUUUCAUAACAGAUUCCUGUAUUCACCUUGUCUAUACUAUUGAGAACGAGAAACUAACAGACCUAAGUUUUGGUUUUUAGAUUUCUUUAUUUUUCACUCUGUGGUCCUUUUUGAUCAGAACUGAAGUGAAGUUUCGUGUUGACACUUAGUCAGUGUGCUUAGUAAACUGUUUUUUUUUUUUUUUUUUUUUUUUAAGUAUGAUAAAUCUGGGACAGUAGUAAACUUGUUUGCUUAGUACACCAAUGAAAAAUAAAUAUUGUAAAGGUGUUUAUAAAAUUUGUCUGGCUUUUAUUUGUGUUUUUUAAGAAUUCCAGCACUUAAGAUUUGCGAGGAUCUUUUAUUCAGUGUACCAUAAUAUAAUGCCAAAGAGACUGGCACCUAUUACCCUUGACAGAACUUUACCUGUGUUACCCUUACCCACAAGUUAACUGAGAUAAUCUGUACUAGAGAACACUAAGUGAUCUCCAACAGCUGUUUCUGUUAUAAAACAAAAUAUGCCAAUGUAGAACCACACUGCAUAAGGGGCAGAAAGCAAAGUAGAGCAGUGUGUGUAAUGUUUUCUUGGAAAUGGUAUACAAUAGUACUAUAGCAACAUUUCAAUUGAUGUCCCUUAAUAGUCUUAAAAAAUACAUCCACAUCCUAUACAUUUAGACUUAGUCACUGUGGUUGAAGGCGAUCAGACAUACAAAUGAUUCCUUCUAACUGGGUCUAGCCUUUAUUGCUGAAAAGUAGAAUUCUGAUAGCAAAAAAUCCCCCCCCCCCCCCCCCCCAGAGUGGAUAAUGAA